CCUGCUCUCCCCACCAAAGCCAGAAGUGGCCGGUACUUGAAGCGGAGUGAGCCGGAAGUCGCUUUGCCGCCCACUUUCACGUUGUACCGGCGGAAAUUCAAGCACUGGAAGAGAGGUUCCGGGGCUGGGCUGGCGUGACUGAAGGCGGCAGAAUGGAGACACGGACCGAGGACCGGGGCCUCACCCGCCGCCCCACGCUGGCCUCUUCUUGGGAUGUUGCAGGCGGGGCCCUGACCCACAACCUCCUUCUCACCCGGGCCGGUCUCGGCCCCGGUGACUUCGACUGGGACGAGCUGCUGGCUCCGCCUGCUCCAGGCCAGGAUCUGGUGAUUUUGAAGAGAAACCUGAACAACCAAGAUGAAAACCCCUGCUUCCUUUACCUGAGGUGUGGCCCCGAUGGAGGUGAAGAAAUCGCUUCUAUUGGCAUUUUAAGUUCAGCAAGAAAUAUGGAAGUGUACUUAGGAGAGGAGUACUGUGGAACCAGUAGGGGCAAGAAUGUUUGUACUGUCCUGGAUGACAGUGAACAUGAAAAGGUUAUUUUGUACAAAAAAUAUCUAAAAUUGGAGUCCUCCACACAUGCUUGUAAAAUAAAGUUGCUCUCCUUUGGCGAAAGGCAGUGUGUGUUCAUCAGUAAAGUUGUGGUACACAUGAGAUCAGUUUUGGCAAAUUCUUCAACAAGCUUUCCUGCUCUAGGAUCAAGGAUAGACCUUGACAAGGUCCAAACCAUAAUGGAAUCCAUGGGGUCAAAGUUAUCUCCUGGAGCUCAGCAGUUGAUGGAUAUGGUUAGAUUUCAGCAGCGGAAUUGUAUUCCCGUUGGAGAGCAGCUUCAGUUGGUGUUGGGCAAUUCUGGAUACAAGCAUAUGAUUGGACUACAAUCCUCAUCUACCUUAGGAGCCUUAGACAAGUCAUUCUCCACACCUUUUCCUUUUAGAACUGGAUUGACAUCUGGGAAUGUGACUGAAAACUUACAAACUUACAUUGAUAAAAGUACACAACUACCUGGUGGAGAGAAUUCUACCAAGCUUGAUGAGUGUAAAAUUGUGCCUCAAAACCAUUCGCUUCUUGAAAAUGAUCUUAAAAAUGCAACGUCCUCUUUCUUACCAAAGAAAGCAAGUGACAACUCAAAUAUAUCUAACUCUGAGUUGCUGCCUUUUCUCCAGAAUUUAUGUAGUCAAGUUAAUCAUCUCCGUGUGGGAAAUAAGACCGAGUGUCAGGAAAACAUCACCAAGCAUGGCGAACGCAUUCUUGGUGUUGGAAUGGAAGAGCAACCUGUUUGCUCCUACUUGGAAAAGAUUCUUUCUAAAAAUAUGGAACUGAUGGAAAAGAAACUUAUGGAUUACAUUGACCAGCGAAUAUAUAAACUCCAGGAGCACAUUGAUGAUAAGAUUGCUUUGUUAAUGGAUUUGCUGCAAAAUCCCAACUCCCCGCCCACUGGGAUACCUCUGAGACAUUAUGACUCUGGAGAAAGACUUUCAAAUGGAGAAAGAUAAGCUCUCAACGUAAACAGUGUACUGCAGAUAUUUAUUACAUAUUUAUUACAAAGCCAAAACCCAAAAAUAUUUAUAAAAAGCAAGUAUUUAAUGUCCUUUGAGGGAUCAUUGUCUUACACAAAGUGACCUCAGUUUUCAUUUUUACUACACUUGUUAUUUUAAAUCCAGUACUGUACAUCGAGUUAAUAUGAUACAGUCAAAUUAUUUUUGCUCACGAUAUUUUUCAGUCUUACAGGAAUGUAUGUGUACUUGUGUUGAGAGUUCAAAAUGCUUGAGGAUUUCUAAUACAGUUCAUUAGUGUAUUGUAUAUGUGUUUAAGUAUAAUUUUUAUUUAUACAAAUAUUUUACAGUCUUAGAAGUAUGAAAAAUAAUGCUUAGAGUAUUUGAAUUUUUUCUUUUUCUAAUUGUCUUGGAGAAUUGGAUACUUAAGACUUGGAGCCUUUAAUUCAGAUUACCAGUUUACGUUUUGUAUUGCUUAUCUGAGAUAAUGAAUAAGAUGUGAUAUUUGGCAUGUGUAAAAUUAGUUCACUCUGGGGCUGUUAAUAUUAUUUGUUUCAUUACAGAGUAGCUGUAGGUAGGAAAGUAAACAUCAGAACCAGCCUAGUCCUUGUUAUGAUUAGUACUUUGGAUUUGAUGUUUCCUGUAAAACAGAUGCAGUCAUCUUGUUUGACCUCAGUAACUCCAGACAGUAUAAGAAAACCUCUCCUUUUGAGCUGAUACGGGUUUUCUCCCCAGAAUCCUUUUCUGGCAUGUUUAUCGUAUGAAAUACUGAGGCUCUCCAUUUAAGGAUGAACACAUAUGAGUCAAGGGAUUGCAAUUCUCUCUGAUAGGCUUAGGUUUCAGAUCUUAUAACUAUUGUAUAUGCAUUGAAGUAUGAUAUAUUUGCAUAUAAAAAUAAAUGCACCUGCUCUGGGAACUACUUGUCUUUA